AUGCUUCCACCCAUGCUCUACGAUUUAUUCCAUGAUCCUAAUCACACCCUGUACAACAUUAGCCUCAAGGAAUCCCAAUUAGCGACCUUACAGUCAGCGACCUCGAUUCCACACGCGCCCUCACUCGAGGAGGUUGUGGAGACCGUUCCUCAUCCGCACGCGUACUUUUGCAAGGAGCACAAUGGUUGGGUAUUACUUCUCUGGCGGAAUUCAAGCGUCCUCCCCAAGCUUGCCCGCAAACUCGACCGCCUUCCGGACCAUGAUCGUCGCAAGCGGACCGGCUCAUGCGUUGGUGAGGGCGAGCAGCCGUUUGGCCAGGCGAACGUAACCCAUCACUGGCACCGUUACGAGCGUGCUGUCGACGCUCGCGAUCUCAAUCCGCCCUUUAUGCGUGAAGACACUUUGCUAGACCUUUAUGUCUGCUGCCAAUGUUCGAUGUACUGCUUAGUAUCAGACAUCAUUCCCGGUGUUAUCCCACGGCAGUUGGUCGACGAAUACACUCGCGACAGGCUUGCUCAUCCGCCGAUUGAAAGGACACCAACGGCGAGCGUUCUGAUGGGUUGGGAGACGUUCAUCUCCAUCAUUGAGAAACGUCUAUGGCAGGACGAGCAGCGCAUACUGCCCGUCAAGCGCGCCCGAUUCCAGCAAAAGGUCGGCUGGAGCGAGACAGUCAAGCAGAUCUUUGAUGUCUUAGGCUUUCCCAUGAGCAUAGUGCCGGAAACUAACGCACUUGGGACAUACAAGCCGCAGGUGUUGAACGCGCAAGCACUCGACGUUUACGAGUUGUUGCAAACUAAGAUCGGCGCGCAUGUUUCGCAAAUCCCCCGCGGCCUUUUACCAGAUGCGCUCGUUGGCCUUGAUAUACUCGAUUCCGCGUGGAAGGAGCUCGGCAUGACACAAACAACAUACUCAUGGGAAAUGCUUGCCUUCGCUUAUCUCGCCCAGUGCCGCUGCGAUCCCGCGAACACUCCUGACUACUUUACGGCUCUCUUUCAUAUCGCACAAGCACUCAACAAUGUCGGGGAGGCUGCGCCAGAGCUGCAGCAGCUUAUAAUCGAGGAGCGCACCCGCUAUCGCUACUCUCGAGAGGACCUCGCAGAGGCCAUCGCGGUACUCGGCUUCGGCAAGGACCGCGAGCUGCGCGUAGAGCUUGAUGCGGAUGUCGAUGACCAGUUCAUCCUUGAGGCAUGGCGGAGCGCACGGCGGCGCGCGUGGCGGGAAUCAAACGCCAAUGACCUGAGGCACAGACUCAACGAAGCGCUCCGGAUGCUGGCCGACGACCGCGGGAGCGCACUACUGCGUAAGGCUUGGGACGAGGAAAAGGGUACGGGCAUGUCACCAGACGCAGCGUACUCAACGCUCGAGGUGCCACGGGAGGUAGAAGAGACGAUGCUAAUUACCGUCUACGUGAUGCGGGUUGAGGACCAGCCAGGCCAGGCAGACAGGAUGCGCGAAGCGAUGAACGUAAUCGCCGAGGUCACGAAUAGCGAUAGGCUACGUCAAUUUCUCACUACGGGUAAUGACCCUGGUGAUGCAACCGCUCAAGUGAUGAGCUCAGAUAUGCCCCGCGGUUUGAAUCAGCUCGGAAACACGUGUUACUUAAACUCUCUGCUCCAGUAUUUCUACACCAUCAAAGACCUACGCGAGGCUGUCGCACCUUUGGCCAACGCCGACGCAAAGUCCCUCGACGACAGCAAAGUCACUGACGAUGACCUCAAACGACACAGAGUAGGUGGCCGGCUUGUCACCCGCCGCGAGAUCCUACGAUCAAAGAAGUUCGUGAGCCAGCUCGCGGAUCUGUUCUGGAACCUCGAAUAUUGCGACGUCCCCGCCGUCACACCAUCUAUCGAUCUCGCGAAACUGGCACUUGUUACCUCGCAGGACGAGGAAGAGGACGAUCAAGAUAGGACAGGCACCGAAUCAUCGAACGAUACAGACGCAACCUUAGUCGAAGACGCUCCUUCGCGCACUGGUCACGAACGCUCAUCGCCCUCGCCUCUCGAUAGCCCUACUGGCAGCGUCCUCGGGAAGCGUCAUCGUGACACGGCUGACAUUCCUAUGGAGCCAGAACGCUCGUCACCUCAGGAGGAGACAAGACCGCCGUCAGCGUCGUCCUCCGCACAAUCACCACAAGCAGUAGCAUCUUCCUCGAGACUCGAGCCUGCUGACCGGACAUUCGAUGUUGAAAUGCAAGAUGUUUCGCAGCAAGCCCAGAAGGCACCACCCUUACCCGCACGGCGACCACGACCCAUUGACGACUCCGUGAUGAUGUUUGGUAGACAGCACGAUGUGUCAGAGUGUAUGGACAAUUGUAUGUUCCAAAUCGAGACCGCGUUACUCGACUUCCAGGGCAACGCCGGCGCCGACAAUGACAAGACAAGCGUAGUGAAGAGACUUUUCUAUGGCAAGAAGCGCCAGCGUCUUACGCCGCUAUCUGCUGCUGAUGACGCGCGGCACAAGGCUUCCAUUCAUGAGAAGGAAGACUUGUUCUCGCAUCUGCAUGUCAAUGUCUCAGACGAGGGAUUCGAUCUGUACGAUGGGUUAGCCCGGUACUUCGAUGAUAUCGUUGAAUUGGAAGGCUUCAAGAAGCUAAUGGAGGUCUCCGUGGUGGAUCUCCCGCCAUUACUACAGAUCCAGCUGCAGCGCGUACAAUUCGAUCGCGAGACGCAGCAGGCGUACAAGUCACAAGCAUACAUCAAGUUCGAUGAAACAAUCUACAUGGACCGAUUCUUAGAUAGUGCAGACCGGGAGAAGCAGACGCGCGCAAAGGCAAUCCAAGCUGAUUUGACAGCCACCCGGGACCACAUUCAGCGGCUCACAAAAGACAAGCACGCGCCGUUCGCUCCUGCCCUGGCUGCAACUGCCGAGUUUCUCUCAACACAGGAUGUUAUUCAGCUACCUGACGUUGACGACCAACUGCUAUCAAGUCUGCGCAAUGAGCAAGAGCUCAUCACUGCGCAGCUCGAGCAGGAACGACAAAAGGCCGUGCAAUUGAAGCGAGAGAUCGACGAGAUUUGGAAAGAUGAUACGUCGGCAGCAUAUGAGCUCACAUCUGUGUUCAUUCAUCGCGGCUCGUCACCAUCUUGGGGUCAUUACUUUUUCUAUGCCCGCAAUCUCCCGGAGAACCCUGACCAAUGGUUCAAAUACAACGACUCGGACGUCAGCGUUGUCUCUAAAGAUGAGGUCCUGGCAGAUACGACCGGUUCCACCGCGAACCCGUAUAUGCUUGUCUUUGCCCGCAAAGAAUCUGAGGUGAUUCAGACCGUUCACCGGUUCGAUCCAUCGAAGCUGGCCGAAGCCGAAGGUUGAACAUGGACACGUCGAUGACUGCUGCUGCCCUCACUCGCUCACAUUUAUCUGCAUUGUUGUCGAUACCGCAAUUCCAAGUCAUGUAUGCAUCUCAUCUGCUAUAUAUAGGUCUAUCGAGGAUAAUACAAAGUAGCUGUAUACGCUGACUUCAAUAGUACGCGGGCAUACCACCAAUCCGUCCUUUCAGUCUUCACUGGUUGAUCAAUGUAAUCACACUUACGGUACUCAUAUGUCGAUCCCGAACGGCUUUGACUUGGUUUGAUGAAGCCGCUGUACCUAUAUACCAAGCUAUGACAAUCCUCUGUCUG